UUUAAGUGUCAUUUAGUUGUGGAUAGAAACAUUUGCUCCAUAAGACGUUUACAUUGGAGGCAAAAAUGAAAGUUGUCUAUAAUCAGGUUUACGGAUCUUAACAAAGCAGAGCUUCUCUAGAGCUCUUUCAUUUUCAUUUUGACUGUGCUAAGUUGGCCUGUGUAAGGGUCCACCUGUUGUAGUAUCCGAGUCGUCUAUUUUUGUUUUAAACUGUAAACUGAUGGAGUUCUCUGAGCAUAUAAAAACAGCCAAUGUGGAGGAUGUAGUGCUCCGGCAGCCGCUGCACCCACCGAGCAGAGGCGCACUGUGCAUCACGGGACACCACCUCCUCUUCUCGGACAGAGAGGACCAAAGUUGCAGCCAGGUUUUACUACUGCUCCGGAACAUCGAUGCCAUAGAGAAAAGUGUGGAAAACCUUUUGGGCUAUUCCAGUCUGUUUUCUUUUGCUGACCACGGUGAAAGGUCAGGCUCUUCAGGCACAAUCACAAUCAAAUGUAAGGAUCUGCGUGUGAUCCAGAUCGAUAUCCCCGGCAUGGAGCAGUGUCUCAACAUAGCACACUCAAUCGAGACUCUGUCCAAUCUCGACAGUGUGCCGGAGAUGUAUCCAUUCUUUUACAGACCUUCAGAUCAGAGCUUGGAUGGUCAGUGGGGACUUUCAACUCCCGAACAAUUCUUCAGAGAAACAAAAGGGAUUACCUCUGUAUGGAGAUUGAGUAUUGUGAACAGGGAUUAUUCAGUCUGUCCUUCCUACCCUGCAUCAGUUAUUGUCCCCAAAUCUAUAGAUGAUGAAACAUUGAAGAAAGUGGCUAAAUUCAGACAUGGGGGGCGUUUUCCUGUUCUGUGCUACUAUCAUCAUAAAAAUGGAAUGGUUAUAGUGCGCAGCAGUCAGCCUUUGAUAGGAGCCAAUAGGAAACGCUGUGGGGAAGAUGAGCGCCUUCUACAGGCUGUGAUUGGAAGUUCAGAUAAGGGUUUCAUCAUUGACACUCGCUCCAGUCAGCAGUCCCAGCAGGCACGGAUGACAGGGGGAGGAUUUGAACCAAAGUCAUGUUACAGCAGCUGGAGGAGACUGCAUAGACAUAUGGAGAAGGGUAAAGCACUGCAAGAAAGUCUUAUUAAACUGGUGGAAGCCUGUGGAGAUGAAUCGCACAAUAUGGAUCGCUGGCUUAGUAAACUUGAGAAUUCCAAAUGGCUUUCGCAUGUGCAGACCGCUCUGUCAACAGCUGGUCUGGUAGCAGAGUGUGUUGAGAGAGAUGGCCAUUCGGUUCUUGUUCAUGGCUCUGAAGGAACAGACUCGACUUUGCUCAUCAGCACAUUGGCCCAACUCAUUAUGGACCCAAGAUGUCGCACUUUGGAGGGAUUCCUGUGUCUGCUGGAGAGAGAGUGGGUGCAGGCAGGACAUCCUUUCCAACACCGAUGUGCCCACUCGGCCUAUUCCCAUGCCCGCCUCCAGCAGGAGUCCCCAGUCUUCUUGCUGUUGUUGGACUGUGUGUGGCAGCUGUGGAGACAGUUCCCCCUGGCACUGGGUUUCUCUGAGGCUCUGUUAUUGAAACUAGCAACAGAGGCGUAUGCCUCUAACUAUGGUUCCUUCUUGUGUAACACAGAACAGGAGAGGUAUGCCCUGGGAGUAAAAGAGAAGACCUACUGUUUAUUUCGUGCUGUCUUGAGGCCAAUGGAAAGAGAGGUGUACAGUAACCCCCUGUAUGACCCCACUGAUUUGGCAAUUUGGCCCUCAGUUCACCCACAGUCUCUUCAGCUCUGGAGAGGGUUUUUCCUAAGAUGGACUCCACAGAAUCGACAUCUUGAAGAGGCUCAGGAGGAGAUAAGGAACAUGAUAACUGAGUGGGGAAAGUUAGCACCCAGCAGGUGCUGAAGCCCCAUAUGCUUCAAAAAUGCCAACUGCUGCAAUCAGUAUUUUACUGUCCGUCACAUUUUAUACACAGUUGAAUUUUUACUUUUAUUAAAAUGUUUUACAAUGA